UAUUCUAACGUCAGUUCUAUUUUAAGACUGCUUCAGUUGAACGGAGUGAUGUUCUCGUUCAAUUUCUCAUCGGUUAAUUAUUUUCAGAUCUGAAGUUGUAGUUUAAUGCCAAAAUUUUGACAUUUAAGCUGAACUCUGAAGAAUGCCAUUUAGCACUGGAAAUUUUGACAGACUGUUGGACAAGGCGACCAGCCAGAUCCUACUUGAGCCAGAUUGGGAUGCCACUCUUCAGUUGUGUGAUGCAGUGAGAGCGGGCGAAGUGACCCCCAAGUAUGCGGCCUCGGCUGUGUCCAAGAAGGUUAUGGACAAGAACUCCAAUGUCUGUCUCUUUGCACUGUCAGUGGCCGAGUCUUGCAUGAAGAACUGUGGAGCCAAAUUUCACGAAGAGUUGCUCACUUGGCAGUUUGUGGAGAACCUACACAAUCUGGCGAAGAAGUCGGAACUUCCGAUCAGGACAAAGAUCUGUGCACUGAUUCAAGCGUGGGAGCGUGCAUUCCGCAACGACCACAAAUUCGCCUGUGUGCACAACACGUAUGAGGCCAUGAAGCGAGAGGACUUCACCUUCGCUGAGACCAUGAGUGAGAGCGACUACAUGUUUGUGAGUGAUGUCGCGCCAGAAUGGAAGGAAGACAAACACUGCUACAGAUGCCGGACUGAGUUUACUACAUUCAACAGACAGCAUCAUUGUCGUCACUGUGGUCAAUCGUUUUGCUCCAAAUGCUCUUCUAAAACGAAGACAAUUCCAAAGUUCGGAAUCGAGAAAGAAGUGCGCGUAUGCGACACCUGCUUCGACGCUCUUUCAAACAAAACUUCCUCUGCUGGCGGACAAGCGAGUAGUGGGACAGCAAUGGAUAGUGGCUCAUCUAAAGUUGAAAUCAAGGAUGAAGACGAGUUCAUGGCGGCCUAUUUGAAGAGUUCCUUAGCGAAGGAAGCGCAGACACCUGCACCAGUUUCACGGGAAGAUAAAUUGAAGGAGGAAGAGGAACUACAAUUAGCUUUGGCAAUAUCUCAAAGCGAAGCUGAAGCCUCAGGAAAACCGAGCUCGAGUAAAAAGAGUUCACGUGAUCCAUCGCCCAAGGUUAAGAGUUAUACGGCUGGCGGAAAAGUCGCCGAUGAGCCAAAAAGCGAUGAGCUAGCUAAGUAUAUGGACAGAGCUUACUGGGAGAAGAAACGCCAAGAACAGCAAAAGAUUAAUGAUGCCGAAAGUCCAAAGACUGUCGCAGUGAGUGCGCCGUCGAAAGCUGAUGCGAUUCCACGCAUGGAAACGACAAGUUCUGUGGCUGCAAACCAACAGCCAGCACUGAAUGGCAUUUACAAGAACGAGGAAUCGAAUGAAACGUGCAGCAUGAUCCAGCAUAAGUUGGACAUGUUUCUGAAUAGAAUGAGGUCUAAUGUAAACCGAGGUCGAAAUAUCACCCAGGACUCCGCAGUUCAGUCGGCGUUCCAGGAACUGUCUAAUUUGCAGCCUAUAUUGGCUAAAAUGAUUGCGACGAACGAGAUGCAAAGAAAUCAUUUCGAAAGCCAACAGGACCAAUUGUCACUGUUGAAAGACACACGAGAGACGUUGGAUUCGAUGCGAGAUGAUCACCAAGAGAAGUUAAGACAAGAAAAGGCAGAGAGAGAACGUCAAAUGAUGAUGCAAAGACAGCAGAAAAUGGAAGCGCUGCGAGGUUUGAAACAGCAGUUCUUGUUGCACCGAAUGCAACAGCUUGAAUCUGAAAGACAGAAUCAGGCCAACAUGCAAAUGCAACAGCAGAAUUAUCAGUUCCAAAAUGCUGGAAUGGUUCCGGGACAAAUGCUUCCAGGGCAAUAUCCAGGAAUGCAAUCACAAUCACCAUACGGAUCUUUAGGAGCUACAGGUGCGCCUAUGCAAGGAAUGGUCCAGCAACAGCAGCAGCAGCCAAUGGGACAAAAUAUGAUGUACCCUGGACAACAAGUUCCAGGAAUGUACAACAUGCAACAAAUGAAUGCCUCGUUACCACCCGGAGCCAAUGCGGCGCCACCUAGUCAGAAUAUGAACCAACAACAAACUGCUGGUAAUUAUACUAUGCCUCCCCAAAAUCCGCAACAUCAACAGUAUGCUGUGAAUCCGGCAGCUAGCGGUGUAGUUCCAGGAUCGAACCAGCAAUACAUGCAGCAACAGUAUCAACCAAUGACAGGCGCUCCGAACUUAAUGGGACAACAGCCAAACCAGAACUAUAUGUCGAAUGGCGUAAAUGCUCAACCGGUCCAGCAGCAAAUGGGAGGAAACGCGCCGGCCGCUCCUCCGCAACCCGUUCACACGGAAUCGCCUCUGAUUGAUUUCGGCUGAUUGCUUACAUAUGGAAAACUGUUUUGUCAUCUUAGCUCGUUUAUGGAUAAUAUUACAGCGAAACUUGAAAUAGUAAACAAUAUUUGACCAUGAAAAUACGAUAUAUUUAUUUCGAAGUGUAUGAAUGACCUUUUGGUAGUGACAAUAAAUAAUUUAGUUCAAAAUUGUAUCAUAUUUUUAUAAAAAUAAUUUUUCAAA